AUGGAAAUUGCCGACGAGCGACCAUACCGGUCUCAUACGAAGCCAGCAUGCGUACCAUGCCGGCGGAGAAAAUCGCGAUGCAAACUGGAGCCCCACACCGCGGCCUGUUUGAUGUGUCGUGCGCACGGCACAGAAUGUACAUUUCCCAACGGAGGAGCGAAAUCAGGUCCACAAAAGAGGCAUUCUACAGAGGAAGGCCCACUACUACCACCCCCGACUCUACGAACGCCAAUCGCAGCUUCCCAGUCACUGAGCCGGCCGCCUCUGGUGGCCGCUUCGCCGCAGUUCUCGGUUGUUGCACAGGCUCAGAACGACCAGGAUACACCACUCUCUCUUGAAGCCGAAGAUGAUAAUCCGCAUAUCCUUGGUCCGGCAGUGACCGGAGAUAAUCAUGUCUUGGCUGACUAUCUAUCUAACAUUUCGGGUGGUCAGGGAAUUCGUGAAAUUCGUCCCGUCGAGCCGGGUAGUUCCUCGUCCCCGGUUAUAUUCACGAAGGUGCAGAAACGGCCGCUGGGGCUCAUGGUAAACUCUAGUCCGGCAUUGCAUAAGCUGCAGACCAUUGAAAAGCUUGUAGAGCCAUGGGGGCCACAUUUGAUAGACAUAUAUCUGAGAAAAAUUAAUCCUUGCCUUCCACUACUUGAAGAAAGCUCCUUCCGGGCGCAAUACACAAAUGCCAGGCAUCGCAUUUCUCCUGCACUUUUAGCGUGCCUAUAUGCCCAUGUGCUUACCCAAUGGCAACAUGACCCCCUUCUAUCACGAGAAAGGUGCCCAGACGUUCGCUUCGUCUGGAACCUUGCCAUUGAAGCCUCGUAUUCCGAGUUGCACGCGUCAGCUGGAAUAUCCACGAUAAAGGCCAUUCUCCUCGAUGUUGGGGGCCGUCCAACCACCUCUAUGACAGGCAACGGGGUAAGAUUGGGUUCAGCCGUUGCAUUGUGCCAUUCCCUCGGUUUGAAUCGAAACCCACUCCCGUGGGAUAUUCCACGAGAGGAGAAGCACUUAAGAAUGAAGAUCUGGUGGUCUAUCUUACUCCACGAUCGCUGGUCGAGUCUUGCUUAUGGGACACCUCCCCAUAUCAGAAGAUCACAAUAUGACGUACCACUACCAAUAUCCCAGUACUUGUCAGAUUGGGAACGAGAUAACGAAGCAAACGCAGUUUUCAUCGAGCUCAUGAGCUUAACCGACGUGCUGGACCGCUGUCUGGAGCAAGUGUACAGCAUCCGCAUCGAGAGCCAAGGGCCAAGCAGGAAUCUAGAGUUAGAGUUGAACAAAUGGGUGGACUCACUCACAGGAGACAUCCGCAAGAUCAUCAUCCGCGGCUCGAACCUAAACAUCCCUGGCGCCUCCAACCUCCGUCUUGCAUAUCUGGCCACAAGGCUCCUCCUCCGGCGCAUCGACCUAGAUCGCGAGCGACAAGCACCCGAAUCCAAUACAGAGCAAAUGGCUAACCGUGUUAUGGAGGCCCGAAGGACCGCGGAGGACAUUGUGGUUCUGGUCCAGGAGCUCGGAGAAGCACAACUGGGUGAUUUCUGGCUACCUGUUGUAGCGUUCAUAUUUUCAGCGACAGUGACAUUUUUGAUUCGGUGUGCGCUAGAGACAGAGCAGCCAGCGGGUCUUGCACGAAGUGGUUCUCUGAGAAUGGCGAGUGACCUUUUGGAGUCGUUGCGGUCGCAUCGCAAGAACUUUGGGUGGGACCUGGGUGAUAUUUGUCUCGCGCAGCAUUCCGAUGUCAUUGACAAGCUGUUGAAGUCAGAACCACCGGUUGAGAACUCGGGGGAGACGAAUGUUGAACUGCGUCAGCCUUUUGUGCCGGAUAUGGCUUUUGUCGAUGAUAUGUUUCCAAGUACUUGGGAUAUACUGCAAAUUAUGGAGUGA